UAGAGAGAGUGAAUCAACAAAGAUUUUUUUACGACAACAUUUCCCCAAUCUGUCCUUAUAGAGUCAGAGAUAUCCUUUCGGAAAACUGUAAAUAUGAAUAGUAUUGUAAAAAGUGGAUACUUGAAGAGACAUAGUAAAAGUUUCCUGUCAGGAGGCUGGAAUAAUGUAUGGGUUGUGUUAUACAAUGACAGUAGUUUGUGUGUUUAUAAACGACAGGGUGAUAAUGAGAUUAAAGCAAAGGCUUACAUGAAGGAAGUAUGUAAACGCUUUGCCUAUGGAGACUUUACAGAAGGAAUGUUAGAUAGACCUGAUAUACCAGCUGGGUAUAGCUAUAAACAAAUGAUAGCUAUACCAGUCAAACCAAGUCAUAAGGCUAAGGUCCUGUGGUUUCUGUGUAGGGAUGAGGCAGAACUGAGUGAAUGGAUGCAAGCAAUAUGCAGUACUCUCCCUCAACCAAGUUCUAAUCAACAGGGUCCACCACCCCAACAGCCCAUGCAUCAACAAGCUCCAGUCCACUCAGCACCUCCACCAUACACACCUGGACCAGCUCCAUAUCCUGCCCAGGCUCCAGGAGGUCCAGCUCCUAUAGGAUUUGCUGGUUUAACAGGUGGUCCUCCCCCUAGUGGAUACCCUGGUUACCCACAGCAACCAGUAGCUCAGCCUUAUCCUCAACAGCCUUACUCACAAGGAUAUCCACAGAGUUAUCCCACACAACAGUAUGCUCCUCCACCGCAACCUGUAUACCACCAGCAAGGGUAUGCUCCACCACCACAGGGAUACAGUCAGCCUCCUCCAGGAGCCUAUGGGUACCAGCAGCAACCAGGUUAUUACCAACAACAACCAGUUGUAGUCCAGCAACACCAUAAGAAAAAAGGGGGUCUAGGCAAUAAAGGCAAACUCGCAGCAGGUUUGGUAGGUGGUGCUGCCCUGGGAUAUGGAGCCAGUAGGAUGAUGGGUGGGGGAUUUGGAGGAUUUGGAGGUCCAUUCGGAGGAUUCGGUUUAGGUCACCAUGGAAGUUGGAGUUCUUUAAGUAGUUUUGGUAGUUGUGGUAGUUUUGGAAGUUUUGGCAGCUUUGAUUAAUAUUGAACAAGAUACAUAACUAAAUACUUUGUUAAAAACUGGCUGUGCUUGAUGAUCUGCAAAGAAGAAUAGCAUUUGUGUAAACCUAUGAAAUCUGAAGGAUUUUGUCUGAUAUAGAUACGUAUAUAAAAAACCUAUAUGUAGGUGUAUGUAUAUAUAAACAAUAUAAGGUCAAUGUCAGAAAAUAUCCACUUUUUUGUAUGAGGCUAAGAAACAAAUAGUUUUGUGCAGAAUGCAAAAACAUUGAUAUUUUUAUACGACC